AUGUUCCCUCCUCCCCCCACCUUUGUAGAGCAACCCAAGAAAUGUAGGAUCUGCUUCCCCUUGCCUUCUCUGCCAGUAGGAACUUCCAGGAACGCCCGUGGAGGACGGGGGACACGGGGCAAAGACGGAGUUGGCACACCAAAACAGGUAAGGUGCGUUUGCAACAUCGACUGUUCCCACAUCAGCUUCAAUCCAGUGUGUGCCUCGGACGGGCGUUCCUAUGACAACCCCUGCCAGGUGAAAGAGGCAUCCUGUCAGAAACAGGAACGUAUCGAGGUCAAGCACCUGGGCCACUGCCAAGAUGGGAACAAAGGCGGAGCUGGACAUUUUACACCGACCGACAUCACACGAAACGGACAGGCGGACGGCCUGUACACACCCUGUCCAGAUCACUACAAGAACUACUGUGUCCAUGGAGACUGCCAGUUCCCCAGUAUACCCGCCCAGCCCUCGUGCAGCUGUCACUCAGGUUUCAGCGGCCCCCAGUGUGACACCAAAGAGUACAACGUGCUCUACGUGGUCCCAGGCUCCGGAAAACUGCACUAUGUCCUCAUCGCCUCUAUCAUUGGAGCACUCCAGGUGGUCAUCAUCUGUGUAGUGGUGCUCUGCAUCACAAGAAAGUGCCCGCGGACCAACAGGAUCAACCGACAGAAGCAAAACAAUGUCCACUUCAGUUCAGAAAACACCAUGCGCGCCUCUACUCGACUUAUCUGAGCCCCGGACACAUCGGACAGAAUCGACCUUCCACUUGACGGAAGGCAGUCUCGUUUCAUGUUCCCCCCUCCCCCCACCUUUGUAGAGCAACCCAAGAAAUGUAGGAUCUGCUUCCCCUUGCCUUCUCUGCCAGUAGGAACUUCCAGGAACGCCCGUGGAGGACGGGGGACACGGGGCAAAGACGGAGUUGGCACACCAGUGAGACUCGCACCUGGGAACGUUGUCAUCGGGCGACUGUUGGCGGCGUCACUUUAAACCUUGUCACUAGCGUCCUUAAGGUUUUUUUUGUUUUUUUUCCCCGGACACCACCAUAAGAACUUGGGGUUGUGGAGAAUACUGAAUGUGGGUAUGUAUGUGUGAGCGUGUAAUAGAUGUGUGAGUUUUGGUAGAUGCGAGUUAGCUGGUGUCUGUCAUUUGUAGAUCAGGGGAAAAAGCGAACUGGGGUAGCGCAAAGCAGGGUAAGGAACUUUGAGUUAGGCUUAUUCUUUUUUUUUCUCGUGGGGAUGCUGUGGUGUGGGGAGGGCGGAGGGGGGACCCGGGCUACACGUGUUGCCUUGCACCUUGUGUUAUAGGAGACCUUUGACCGAGGGCACGAUGCUACGACGGAGCUCUCCCUUUGGUUGUGACAAAGACUUCAGCUACUGUAUCCUGGGUUCGAUUUCCAUUAGUUAUUACUACGUUGUCUUGAUGGGGUCAUUUUUCUGUAAAUGUAAAUAAAUA